GGCCAACAUUAAUUUUAGUCAGUCGCACAAGUUCAAGCUGAACAUAACGCAAAAUCUACACAAAAACAGACACAUAUACAUACGCACACGCGCAUAGCAGUGCAAAGACCUCACCACCCCAUUGGCGCUCAUACGUAUAAUUUGGAUAUUGCCCACAGAGGGUCCAACUUUUGCUCAACGUUAAGCAAAAACAAAACAGAAUAUGAUAAACAACGUGUAAGCGAAAGUACAGAUGUUGAGUAGAGGUGAGCUAAGCGAAAAUUAAUGAACGCGCUGCUCGGCAUGAGAGCGAGGAGACUGUGUGUACUGAGUAGGAACAGUAAGCAAGAGCUAAAAAAAAUAGACAGUUUAAAGCGCAACUUCCAUUAUGGCCGCACUGGCAUUUUGUGUGUGCAGUGCACUAGAGCAGUUCUGUGAUUUCGCGGAUGCAUUUGUGCGUUUCGGUUUAAGUGCAAGUAGAAGUUUCCAGUAUCUGCGUGCCAAACGUAAUCAAAUUGAAUUUCGACGAAAUUGUCGCGCUAUCUGGCUGCAAGAGUUAUCCAACAGACACGCAUUAUCAGUGCGCGUAGUAUACGAGAUAUUACGUCGUGUGCGUAUACCGUUGACUAGUGCCAAUUACGUAGAUCAUACCAUCGAAUUAGUUAAAAAAGAAAUGCAUCGACGAGGCAUCGAUUUUGCCGCUAUCGAGGCAUCUGCCGAAGCUUACGAGGCCAUUGAUAAUUUUGCGGUGCAACACCGGUCUUUAGCAGGUCAGGAUACGACGGAUGGCGGACACCGGGACUAUGAUAUGGUGGAUAAUUAUGAUGACAUUGAAGUGCUCAGUGGUGA